GCCUCAAUGAGUCCUCACUAUUACACGAUGGUCAGGAACUUGCUAUUGGUCUUCGUGAGUCCUCACCCCUUUUCUAUUGUCGAGGACUCGCUGUAGAUCUCUAUGAGGUAAAACUCAACGAGUCCUCCCUUGUGCCGAUAGUCGAAAACUCGCGUGAUGCCUCAACGAGUCUUCACCUUUGUCCGAUGGUUGGGGACUUUUUAUUGGUUACCAUAAGUCCUUACCCUUGUGCUGAUGAGGACUCGCUGUUGGUCUUAUUAAGUGAGGACUCAUUAAGUGCCACCCUUGUGUCUAUGGUUAAGGACUUGCUGUCAGUCUCAUUAAGUGAGGACUUGUCGAGUUCUUACUCUUGUGUCAUGGUCAAGGACUCACUGUUGGUCUUAUUAAGUGAUGACUCAUUGAGGCCUCGCCCUUGUGUGAUAGUCGAGGACUUGCUGUCGUUCUCAUUA